AUGCAGCCUUCACGAGCUAGUCCGUCUGUGCUCGAAAGAGUGAAACCUCAGUUGAUGCAUUUGCAGUUGUUCGCUGCGCCAAGGGUCUUCAACCAUCGCGGCUUCGAUGACGGCACCCUGCAGGUCAUGGCGAGUCUGCGGCAGUUCCGGGAUGCAGUGCUGGAACUUCCAGGUGCUUUCGGGGGGUCGCAGCAAAGUGAGCAGCCGGCGGAGUGCUCCGUACGAGAGCUGCGAGUCCUCUACGACCGGCUCCAUGGCCAGGGCUGUGUUUCAGGUUCUGGGGCGGUGGCCGACUACUGGGCUGACAAGCUGCGGCAGCUGCCCAAAGACGACGAAAUGGUUUCGGCCGAUGAGAUCUCGGCUGCUUUGCUGCAGUGGCUGGAAGACCUCCUCGGAUACGGCGAGGGAUCCGAGGACAGGGACAACAACCUCAUGAUACUCGUAGGCUUGUAUGCGAAGCCAUCGGUGUUGCGAACACGAAGGAAGCCAAAGUCGCCUGGCUCCAGCGUUUUCAGGGUUUAA